AUGGCCGUGCAACUCCUCACCCAAGCCGAUGGCUAUGGCAUCAUCAUUGGUCUUUCAGUGUUGUUCUGCCUCAUUAUCCUGGCCGCCGUCCGCAUCCAGAAGAGGUACCUUUCGGAGGACAGCGAUCAGUCCGAGAUGUUCAUGGUUGCCAACCGUUCCGUUGGUACUGGAUUGACGGCCUCGGCUGUCUUCUCGAGUUGGAUGUGGAUCAAUGAGAGCGUCUUUUCGGCUGCCUAUACCUACCGUUGGGGCGUCGCGUUACCGAUAUGGUGGGCCAGUGGACUGUCCUUUCAGAUUGCGCUCAUGGCGGUGCUUGGAAUCGUUGCCAAAUUGCGGGUUCCGUAUGCGCAUACCUCCCUCGAGAUCAUCAGAAUGAGAUACGGAAAAUACGCGCAUUGGCUGUUCAUUCUCCUCAACCUGGUCAACAACGUCUUUGGUUGUGGCAGCAUGAUCCUCGCAGGGGCUCAAUUGGUGACUGGCAUGACCGGAAUGCACGUUAUCGCUGCCUGUAUCCUGAUUCCUGCUGGAGUUGUCACCUAUACAGCAGUUGGCGGUUUAAAGGCGACUUUCUUAACCGAUUACCUGCAUACGCUCAUCGCUCUUAUCCUGCUGAUCUACUUUUCUCUUGCUGUCUUGACGAACGAGCACAUCGGGGGAAUCUCGGGCUUGUACGAAAAAGUCAAGGCGACAAACGACUAUAUCCCCGGAAACUACAAGGGCUCACUGUUGACCAUGAAGUCCAAGAGCUCGCUCCUUUUCGGCCUGGUGUUGAAGUUCGGGAACCUUGCGUUGGUGCUCAUGGACACGGCCUUUUGGCAGAAGGCAUUCGCCUCCGAAGUUCACUCGACUGUGCCCGCCUAUGACCUUGUGUCUGUGGUCAUCCUGGCAAUCCCUUGGUGCACGGGUACCAUCAUCGGGUUGAGCGCCCGCGCCAUCGAAAAGACUCCAGUCUGGUUUGACUAUCCCAACACUUUGACACUCACCCAGGUCAACUCAGGGCUGGUGAUGCCAUAUGUGCUCAGGUCGCUGCUUGGAACCGGUGCCACUGCUGGGCUGCUUGUGCUGAUCUUCAUGGCCAUCACCAGCACGGUGUCUUCGUCCAUGAUCGCUGUCAGCAGCAUCAUCUCUCUGGACUUUUUCCGCACGUACAUCGACCCCGGUGCGUCCGACCGCAGGACGCUCAAGGUGAGCCACUGGGGCGUCGUCUUCCACGGGUGUUUUAUGGCCGGCUUCGCCAUCAUGCUCGAGUACGCCGGCGCCACCAACAACUGGUCCACCUACUUCCGACCCAUUGUGGCGUGUCCUGGCAUUCUGCCCAUGAUCUUGACGCUUCUGUGGUCGAGACAGACGAAGCUGGCGGCGAUCCUCAGUCCCAUUUUGGGGUUGUUGUCGGGUAUCGCGACGUGGCUUUCGCUGUCGUGGGCGUGGGCCGGGGCGAUCAACAUCCAAACCACGCAGGCUCAGGUGCCCGGUCUCUACGCGGCCAUUGUCUCCUUCUUCUCCCCCGCGCUCUAUUCUGUUAUUAUCUCUCUGCUCUGGCCGGGCCGGUUCGACUGGCGCGAAUUCCUCCGGAUCGACCUGAUCGAGGACAAGAGCCAGCCGAGCAGCACGCUGCAGUCGACCCUACCCAGCAGCGAAGCCGUCAACGAGACGUCCAAGACGGCGGGCACCUCGGAGAAAGAAGCAUACGUCACCAGCACCGGUGGCGAGGAGACAUCCCCGACCCGCAAUGUGGCACAGCCCCGUCAACGCAACGCUCAAGUGCCCCUCGACGAGGUGGUGCACCCCUUCGACGACGCGACCCUCCGCCACAUCCGGAAGUGGUUCAAGAUCGCCAGCGCCUACUUUGUCGUCAACGUCCUGGUCACCAUCGUCCUCUGGCCCCUGCCGCUGUACCGCGACUGGAUCUUCACCAAGAGCUUUUUUGGGGGAUGGGUCACCGUGGCCAUCAUCUGGCAUUUCGGCGCCAUGUUUUCUGUUAUCGUCUACCCGAUCUACGACGGGCGGCACGAGAUUGCGCGGGCGGUGCGCGGGAUGGUCAAGGAGGUGAGGGGGAGAUAG